AUGGCUCCUUACAACAUCCGGUGGGGUAUCUUGGCUACCGGCGGAAUUGCAGAUGCAUUCGUCCGCGACCUCCUCCUCGACCCGUCUACCCGCUCAGCCUCCGACAUCUCCCACACAGUUGUGGCAGUCUCCUCCUCGUCCUCAGCGUCCCGCGCCGAGAAAUUUAUUGCAAAUACCGGGAUUCCCUCCCCCUGCACCGCCUAUGGAUCCUACGAAGCUCUGGUGGCCGAUCCCAACGUCGACGUCGUCUACGUCGCAACCCCACACUCGCACCACUUCCAGAAUGUCAUGCUCUGUCUGGAAGCGGGAAAGCACGUUCUCUGCGAGAAGGCGUUUACAGUGAAUGCGCAGCAGACGCGGAUUUUGGUUGAGACGGCACGGAAGAAGAAUCUAUUCCUAAUGGAAGCUGUGUGGACGAGGUACUUCCCGCUAAGUAUUGAGAUUCGAGAGUUGAUCAAGAACGGCGCCAUUGGGGAGGUGUUAAGGGUUACGGCGGAUAAUAGCUUUGGGGGUACGCCUGAAGAAAAGUUUAGCACAGAGCAUCGGAUGGUAAAUAAGGAUUUGGCUGGCGGAGCGUUGCUUGACCUCGGUAUCUACUCUCUGACCUGGGUCUUCCAGACUCUUUACCACACCCUCCCCAGGGAGGCGAGAAAGCCUCCCUCGCGCGUCUCUGCGCAUAUAACGCCCUACCACCUCACCGGUGCUGACGAGGCAACCACGAUCCUCCUGUCGUUCCCGACAACAACGCCCUCCAAUUCCGAGCAUCCAGGUGAAUCCCAAGCCGUGGCAUCCACGUCUAUUCGUGUUGCGACCGAUCCGGAUGAGACCAACACCGCUCGUCCAGCGAUCCGUAUCCAGGGCACAAAGGGGGAGAUCCAAGUCGAUGGGCCAGCGUUCCGGCCAGAGGUGUAUCGCAUAAUCCCUGUGAAAGGCCAGGGUAUGGGUGAGUUCAAGGAGAAGAAGUUCGACUUCCCUGCCAACGGAAGGGGCAUGUACUGGGAGGCAGAUGAGGUAGCAAGAUGUCUGAGGGACGGGAAAUUGGAGAGUGAGACUAUGUCUCUAGAGGAGAGUAUUGUGAUUAUGGAUGUAAUGGAUGAGGCGAGAAGGCAGAAUGGGUUGACUUAUCCUGAGAAGAUCGAGUCGACUGUUUACCCUACUCAGCUGUGA